GUCAGUUUAGUACUCAAUCGCAACAUAACGUGCGUAAACUGCUCAUAAAAUACUUACCGUUACUGAAGUCACGUUCAUAGAUUAAAUAGUGCUCAAAACAGCACGUGCUGUGUUGCAUCAAACCAGUGUAUUUUGGAGUAAACAUGAGUGGCAAUAGAUCGAACCAUGUUACUACCAGUGACAAACCGCCUGGAGUCGAAUUCGCGAUAGGCGCAGCAGCGGCAGUUGGCGCAGGUUUCUUCACAAAUCCUAUAGACGUGAUAAAAAUUCGUCUGCAGCUCCAAGGUGAGCUCGAGGCUCGGGGAAGUUAUCAAAAAGUCUACAAAAACACCUUUCACGCGGCUUAUCAGAUCGGCAGGCACGAGGGAAUAUUAGCAUUGCAGUCGGGUAUCGUGACUGCUUUAGGAUUUCAAGUUGUGCUCAAUGGCACUCGAUUGGGUUCCUACAAUUUGGCUAAGAGGUAUAAACUUACUCUGAAUGCCGAUGGAGAUACAAAUGUUAUCAGAACGGCUUUGGUGUCUGGCGUUGCUGGCUGUGUCGGCGCUGUUAUUGGCAGUCCAUUGUAUUUAGUUAAAACACAGCUGCAAGCUCAAUCAGCUAAGAGCAUAGCGGUAGGAUAUCAACAUAAUCAUAGCGGCACUAUAUCUGCAUUUCAAGCAUUAUGGAACAAUGGAGGUUUCAAAGGAUUGUAUCGUGGUUGGUAUGCAAACAUUCCUCGCGUAUUCGUUGGCUCGGCUACUCAACUUACUACUUUUGGACUCUUUUCUGACUGGCUCAGACCUAUGGAAGUAUUUGACGGAAAGCCUAUACUUAUGACUUUUGUCGCAUCGUUACUUGGAGGUAGCUGCGUUGCGGUAACUAUGCAACCAUUUGACGUCGUUGCUACAAGAUUGUACAAUCAGGGAACCGACGGAAAAGGGAAAGGCCAAUUAUACAACGGCUUAUUUGACGCACUGUACAAAAUAUUUAGAACCGAAGGAGUUUUCGGUUUGUAUAAGGGCGUCUUUCCUACGUGGCUAAGAAUAGCUCCACACACGGUACUUUGCCUUGUUUUUUAUGAGAAGAUUGCACGGUUUCAUGCAUACGAGUUUGGGAAGUGAAAAACUAAUACACACAUUGGAACGCCGUUUGACAUUAACCUAAACGAUUAUCUUAUUUUUAAAGAUAUUUGUCUUAUAUUUACUUAAUAUAAUUACAAGUAUUCUUAUUUUACCGUGUCUGCUUGGUAAUGCGAAAAAAUUUUAAUCUAAUAGUCAAUUUGUACAUCAAUGAUUUUAUAUACUGUUAAAUUUUGAACUACGAGCUUGAACCAACGAGCCAUAUCGAAAUGUCUAACAUUGGCAGAAUUUUCUCUGUGAGAAAGCCAAUUUUUGUUAGGUAUAUAUAGAGAAAUGGAUAGUCUUAUUGCAAUUUGACUGCAUUAGUAAAAUGUAAUUUAUUCAAACAAAUAGGAAAAAAAUUGUCAAAGACACAUUCCUAACUAUUUUGAAUAC